ACAUCUCUUAUCCUUCUCUAGGACUGAGAGGUACACCCCAGCACUGCAGAAUUUUCCAGCUUCUCAUCCCAUUUGUUCUCUGUGGUCUUGUAGCUGCCCAUCUCUGCUACUGAGGGUCCUUGGUUGGACGCAUCUGUGAGACCUCACAGAGGAGUACUCUUGGGCUCCACGAACCUGCUCCCUGCUCUUUCAGGGAUGGAGGCGAUGGCAGCCAGCACUUCCCUGCCUGACCCUGGUGACUUUGACCGGAACGUGCCCCGGAUCUGUGGGGUGUGUGGAGACCGAGCCACAGGCUUUCACUUCAAUGCUAUGACCUGUGAAGGCUGCAAAGGCUUCUUCAGGCGGAGCAUGAAACGGAAGGCGCUCUUCACCUGUCCCUUCAAUGGGGACUGUCGCAUCACCAAGGACAACCGACGCCAUUGCCAGGCCUGCCGGCUCAAGCGCUGUGUGGAAAUUGGCAUGAUGAAGGAAUUCAUACUGACAGAUGAGGAGGUGCAGCGCAAGCGGGAGAUGAUCCUAAAGCGGAAGGAGGAAGAGGCCUUGAAGGAUAGUCUGCGGCCCAAGCUAUCUGAGGAACAGCAGCACAUCAUUGCCAUCCUGCUGGACGCCCACCACAAGACCUAUGAUCCCACCUAUGCCGACUUUGACCAGUUCCGGCCUCCAGUUCGAGACCAUGAGAGAGAAGAGAGUCAUCCUGCAGGGCACACUCCCAGCUUUUCCAGGAAUUCCUCUUCCUCUGGCUCAGAUCUCUACACCACCUCUCUAGACAUGAUGGAGCCAUCUAACUUCUCCAACCUGGAUCUAAGUGAAGAAGACCCAGAUGAUCCUUCUGUGACUUUGGACCUGUCCCAACUAUCCAUGCUGCCCCACCUAGCUGACCUGGUCAGUUAUAGCAUCCAAAAGGUGAUCGGCUUUGCCAAGAUGAUCCCAGGAUUCAGAGAUCUCACCUCUGAGGACCAGAUCGUGCUGCUGAAGUCGAGUGCCAUUGAGGUGAUCAUGCUGCGCUCCAACCAGUCCUUCACUAUGGAUGACAUGUCCUGGAACUGCGGCAACCAGGACUAUAAGUAUAAUUUUACUGAUGUGACCAAAGCUGGGCACACCCAGGAGCUGAUUGAACCCCUCAUCAAGUUCCAAGUGGGGCUGAAGAAGCUGAAUUUGCAUGAGGAAGAACAUGUCCUGCUCAUGGCUAUCUGCAUCGUCUCCCCAGACCGACCUGGGGUGCAGGACGCCAAGCUGGUGGAGGCCAUCCAGGAUCGCCUGUCCAACACGCUGCAGACCUAUAUUCGCUGCCGCCACCCGCCCCCAGGCAGCCACCUGCUCUAUGCCAAGAUGAUCCAGAAGCUGGCGGACCUGCGUAGCCUCAACGAGGAACACUCCAAGCAGUAUCGCUCGCUCUCCUUCCAGCCUGACAGCAGCAUGAAGCUCACGCCCCUUGUGCUUGAGGUGUUUGGCAAUGAGAUCUCCUGACUAGGGCGGCCUGUGGUGGCGCCUGGGCGGGGUUGCUCCUCCAGGGCCUGGUGCCCAGGCCCCAGACUGGCUACAGCCCAGCAGCCCCUCCCACCUUUCCUGGAGUUCAACCCCACCUCUGCCAUCUCCCUUGUCUGUCUGGCCCAUCCUCUCUCCUGUCCAGUCUAAUACCACGUCCCCCUUCUCUGCAGGCCACAGGUUGCCCCCUGUCCCAUGAGACCUCAGUCAUGAGUUACUGUUUAUUUGACAAAGAAAAAUCAAGUGGAGACAGAGGGCAGAGGCUGGAGGAGGGGCCUUGCCCAGGGAUGUCCCCACCACUCCCUAAGUGGCUGCUGCUAAUGCAAAGGAAGGCAGGCAGGACAAAUGCACCCACUCCUCAGGGACAGAGAUACUUGUACCUCCCCCAGCCCAUACGUCCAGAGCCUGGUGAGGAGACCCCUCCCCCUGCCCACACAGAAUACAUAACUGACCCACAAUCCUUACCCUACCCCAUCUUAUCCUGCUACCUAUCUGUGCUGUUCUGUCCCAUCCACAAUAGUGCCUCCUCCCUCUGCCUUCCUUCUCCUGGCCUGCCUGGGCCACUCACUGCCAAGAAUGAGCAAAUCCAAGAAAACUAAGGUCAUGAUACCCCUUCACCCACCCUGCUGGCCAAAGGGUACUCUCCCAGUCUUGGUAUGCCCACCUCCAUCCCUUUGCCAUGGUAAUUCUCUCAUGGGCAGUAGCUGUGGUAUGCUGGGCUUCCUCCCUAUGACAGGAGCUGCUGGCUCAGAACCCACCCGCUGAGAAGCCCCAGGAGAGCAGAACACAGGACCAGGCAGUGGACAACAGGCAAACCAGCCUCCCAGAAUGGCAAUGGAUGGUGAUCCAAGGCUGUCUCUGUCACAAAGUCCAGGGUUGGUUGAGAGGGAGCUCUCCUUCCAACCAUCCACAUGGCAAGAUGGAAUUACCCUGGGACUGCAAAGAAGGCCUCCCUGCCACUGUCCUCCUCUUCACCCUGCCAGUGCCUUACCUCCCACCCAGGAGGGCAGGCCCUCCUACCUUGACCCCCAAGGAGACCUCACCCUCUCUGAUCACCAACGGUAGCAAGGAAGUUGUCCCAAUCUCCUCUUGCCCCAGUUUGGAACAACAGGGCCUCCCUCUGACAAGCACAUGGGGCUUGCAUCUUCUUCCCCUGGCAGGGUGGGAUAGAGGACUGCCCACAUGUAACUCCAAGAUAGCUACCCAGAUGCAGAACAAGAAGCCAGCACCUGCACCUCAGGGCUUGGUGGGGGGAGCUGGUAGAUCCAGGGGCUGGUCAGAGCAUGUGGGGACCCAGCAGUGUGGGGCUGGUUCCCUUCUCAUCACUCUACCACCCAGAACUCACAGGGAGCAUGGCCAGGAGGGGAAUGCAUAACUUCAGACUCCAUUUCCUCCUCUAGUGGCCACACCCAGGGUAUGGGAACCCUCCCUGCCGAGAGGGUUGUGGGUGUGUGGGCUAUACAGAAGGGCUUCUUCCAGAGGGACUCAUGGAAGGAGGGUCUUUGAGAUGACUGCUUGAAUUAGGGGAGUAUUUCCACAUCAACAUGGAGGUAAGGUCAGUGGGAAUAUGGCCACCCAAAUCCCAAGAAGAUGCACCCCUCCACCUACAUCUGUGAAAACUGGGAGGAAUCAGACUCAACAUGGCAAGAGCUGUCAGUGUCCUCCUGGCCCUGCAUUUCCCAAAAUUCUUCAGGUGAAAACGUGUCUAAAGGCCACAUUACAGAAUAGCAUACCUAUGGCUUCAUCUUCAAUGUGUUAGAUAUGAGUUGCUUUCAGAAUCAGACUCCACUAUGUUCUAAUAUUGAGGGUACCAGGCAGAGCUAUUUAUGGGGGGGGACUUACAUUGUGAAAAUACUGUACAUUAGUGAAUAUUGUUAUUAUUGUAUAAGGGUCUAGGGAAAGACCUUUGAUUUUAGCUGUAGAAUAUUUUUAGCUGUAGAAUGCAUUGAUCUAAUUUUCUAUUCCACUGGGGGAGAAAGCUUAAAAAUUUGUUAAAGUAGUUCGACCCCCUUGUUAAAGGCAACUGACACUUAGAGGAGGGUAUGACUUACCCAUGCUCAAAUAACUAUUUUUAAGUUGCUCCAGGAGCUGAGGCUGAGGCAGAAUGAUCACAAGUUCAAAGCCAGCCUCAGCAACUUAGUGAGCCCCUGAGCAACUUAAAGAGAUCCUAUCUCAAAAUAAAACAUAAAAGGGGUUGGGGAUGUGGUUAGCACUCUGGGUUCAAUCCCUGGUACAAAAGAAAAAAAACUAAACAAACAAGCAAAUAAGUCACUCCAGGGCUGGACAAGAAUUUGGACUUAUACUCCAGUGCCCUUUUCAAUACAAAACACCUAAGCUCAGACCCUAUUUUCCAUUUCCCUGAUGACUGACCCAAAUUUAGACAGAGCAUGUCUAGAUCUGGAACCCCUUCCUUUUUUCCCUGGGUUGUAGCCCCACUGACCCAUCAGAAGAAGGGGGGGGAAGGACAUUCAGCCUGUGUCUCAAUGUGAAUCAACCCCUCCCCUCGGGUGGCCCUGGCCUUUGGUCUCUGCCUCAGCCCUGUAUAAUGCUGUUGUUGCCUUAUCAAUAAAGUACCUUGAUCUUUGUAAUGUCUGCACUUCCCCAGCUCUCCCUCUGACCCUGCCUUCUCCUGGGAACUCAAGGGGACCCCCUGGGAACAACAGUUACUCAGUCCAGGGGCAAAUAACCAGGACUCCAAAAGGGAAGUCUAGGAACUGGGAGGAAAAGAAAAAAGAAACAAGUGAAGAUUUAGGGAUCUGAAUUGGGAGAAAACUGUAUUGUCUAGUGUGUUAGUGUGAAAGUGUGAAGGUGGACAUGUAUAAAGCGAAAACUUUUAAAGUAUAUAUUAGAAGUGAAGGAAAGCACACACCAAAGUGGAAAAUAAACAAGAUUCCAGGCAUGGGGAGAUCCUUCUGCUGGCUAACCGGAAGCAAGCAGGGGGAAUCCAAGUGAGGUCAACAGAAGAGGUGGAAUGUAUGACAAAUUUGGUGAAAGUCAGACAUUAAGCAGCAGAAGAAAGCUUUAAAGGUUGCCUCCCAACUGAUUUCCAAAUAGAAAAAAAAAGAAAAAAAAAGUUUGCCAGAAAUUGUCAAGUAAACCAAUGGGGGAAAAAAAGCUCUGCUUAUGGUAAUAAAGCUGACUCAUACUUACAUAGCACUUACUUUGUGGCAAAUACUGCUGUAAAUAAAUGCUUUAUGAAAACCAA